AUGUUCCAACAAGACUCCUUUACACAUAGCAACACAGCCUUUGUCCAAGAAAUUGCCCAAAGGAAUCCUCUGCUUGCUGCGGAACUAGACUCCCAUCAAUCAUCAUCUCUUCACAUAGCAUCAGCUAAGGGAUAUGCUGAAAUUGUAAAAGCAAUAGUUUCAGCUGCACCUGAUAUGUGCUUAGCCCGUGAUUUCCAUGGCAGAAACCCACUGCAUCUUGCGGCCAUUAAUGGUCAAGUCAUGGUCUUCAAUGAGUUGAUCAAGACGAGUUCACUUGUUGUCCAGGAGAAGGCGGACCGGGGCCAGACCGUUUUGCAUUUGUGUGUGAAACACAAACAGUUGCAGGUUAUGGAAAUCAUAUUGCGGGUUAUAAAUGAUUAUGAGUUUUUUAAUGCAAAGAAUGAUGAUGGGGAUACAAUAUUGCAUCUGGCUGUUCAGACUAAACAUUUUGAGACAGUCCAGUAUUUAAUAGGAAAUACUGGCAUAGAUGGGAAUGCAAAAAAUGCAAAUGACUACACAGCAUUGGAUAUUUUGGAACUAACUCCCACUGAUUUGAGGAAUACUGCUGGGGUGACCCCUCCGGGUGGUGUCUGGCAAGACAAUGCAACAGAUAAUUCCCACAAAGCUGGAGAAGCUGCUGUUUAUGUAGAGUUUGGUGGUGAUUAUGUGUAUAAUGGAAGUUUGGUUGCUCAACCGGUGGCCGCAGAAACGAGGAAUAACCAUGUGGAAGCCAAGAAGAUUUAG